CCUCAGUGACCGUCGGAGUGGUUCGAGUAUUAACACACGCGUGCGCGUAGUACCUGUCUCCGCCGAUUUUUGUUAUUUUUUUAAGCCUGUGUUCGCCUCUGGAGGAUUUAAGUGCGCCCCAUCCACUCGUCUCCUCGUUUAUCAAGGUUUACGUGGCUUACUUGCAGCCGUAAACCACAUAGCGAAAGCACGAAGGACGUCAAAAGCGAAAACAUAAAUCAUAAGGUGACGAGACUUCUAUCUAUAUGGGUGGAAAACCCAAGAGUGAAAUUCGCUCCUCCUGCAGAUCUCCUUCAGAGAGGUCCCACACCACCGCGCCCUGGCCAGGGCAGCAGGGGCCGUUUCGAAGCGCGACCUAGCGGUGCCCUAAGUCAUGCGUAGUCGUCUUCGAAGCGGAUGGGAAAUUGGAAACGUCAGGGACUUCACGAGGAAGGGUGGAUUAUUUUAACGGUGUCUGGGACGACUUUAUCGCGUCUAUCGUCCUAUGACGCAUAGGCGACGACGCCUCCUCUUGAAGUCGUCGUUGUCUAAAUCGGUGCGCCCCCAAAAAACAAAGAAGGGGGCGUGGGGGGGGCCGAACAGAUUGACGAUCUGGGAUCAAGACUGUAACGCCGCCAAUCAGAAAACGGAAAGUUAGUAUCUUCCGAGUGUCGCCUUUCAAGGAGAUUCUUAGUCAUUUAAUUUGGUCUCUCUCUCUCUCUCUCUCUCUCUCUCUCUCUCUCUCUCUCUCUCUCUCUCUCUCUCUCUCUCUUGGCCUCCGACCCCGCCAAUCCUUCAUCGUACAUCAACCUUAGAUGCGACAGAGACAAUCUUCGCGCCUGUGAUUUUUAUUUUAUUUUUUUGUCGCGUCGCUCCGCCGAUGCCGAGCGAGCAAACUAAUUGCAAUUACCCUUCACCUGAGCCGAAAAUAAACCCACAGUGUCACAGUGAAUAGCAGGAAAAACUACGUCACUGAAUAAAAUAAAAAAAAGCCAGGAGAAACAUUGGCAAGACGUCGUGUGCCCCGCGUGAGAGUAGCCAAUGAAUAUAACAUACUUUUACGUAAUCCUCUCUAUUCCCCCGCGACUGAAUCGCUUGUGGAGAACGCGUAGACUUACUUGAUCAUUCUGGGAAUUUGGUUUACUCAGGAGUCGCUGAGGAAGGACACGUACAAGAAAACGACGGGCAACAGCAUUAGCGAGAAACAUUACUAUUUGAUGCCAAGCGGAACUUGUGGGUGGUGGUGGUUGUCGACGGCAAAAGGCAGCGGAUAUAUAACAUCGAAAGAUUCAGUUCACAGUUCAGUCUCUCAAGUGCAACAGAGUAUAGUGUUUGUGUGUAUCAAAAGAGAGCAAGAGUCAUUAGCAUCGCAAAGACAUCAAUAACUCGCAACUUCCAGACUCCUUGUUGUAUUCGAGUCGUCAGUUCCCCAAUCUAUAUGAAAACCAUUAUGCCCGGUUCCGUCUUCUCCUUCUCGCGGGCCAUCAGUGAUUCGAUCGACACCUUCCACUCUUGCGAGGACGUGCAAGAGGCAUGGGUAUGCAACGGUGAUUCCCAGCAAAGUACCCACGCCCACGUCAACGGCAGAGUGCCCAAGAAGACCACCACCCCGCAUGUCAACGGAAUCAAGAUAAACAAAUUAGCCAUGGAGAGUCCUUAUAACCUCCAGGAGGAUGUAACGGCUGGUGAAGGGAGUAGUAGUCCUAACAGAGAUCAUAUGACCUGCUCGUCGACAGAGGGCAAAGGGGGUAUUAUACAGCCUGAGGAAGGCGAAGGGGUAGGAGUAGAAGAGGAAGAAGGAGAAGAAAACGACGACAUCCUAGCAGAAUCCAUCAACAUCCCCGUAGUCGAGGCCCGCUUGAGUCUCGACAUCAGCCAGUCACUGACCCGUCAGAAGAUCAGCUCCGUUCAGAGGGGGAGAACUCUGUCCUACGCCGACAAGGACGACGAUUCCGAAGAGGCUCCUACGAGGCGCACACCUUUCUUCAGCCACAAAGACAGCCUAGAUCUAGGUGGUCUUCCUCAGAACGCCCCCUCUCCUCCUUCUCCUCUUACGGGAGGUUCCUCGCCGUCGCCGCGUCUGACGCCCAAGAUGGAGAAGAAUAGCAAGAUCGCUAGGAACCCUUCCUACCACUCGGCGGUGAGGGUGUCCCCCGUCGUGGAGAUCCCGCCUUCCAAGACGACGACCUUCACCCUCAGCGGCCAAAACUACACCAGCAGCAGCGACGAAGGGACUCCUGAACACGACUGCUCGUUCGCGAGUGCCGAAACCAUCCACAAAUUUCCCGCCAAAAGCGCGGGGGGAGCACUACCACCACUUCGCCCCUCCGUCCCCUCCUCCUCCUCCUCCGCACUGGCGAAAUUGGGGAAAAACCAACCUCUGGACCUGCCCGUGGCUGCCAACAUGCCCAGGAGUGCCUCCUUCAGUGGCGGGGGUAUCUUGUCGCCCUCCUCGCCAGCCAGCGACAGUUUCAGGCAAGUCUACGGCCGGCGCGGGAGUAUAUCGCAGCCCUCCACGCCCGUGACGAAGAGGGCCCUGCUCCCCAAGCCCCUGCCGAAGGAGGUGACCCACAACAAUAACAUCAAGAUCACCAGGGGCUCCGCCAUCACCCGCAGUUUCAGGAGGCUCUUCAGCACGCCCUUAAAGACGUCCUCCUCGCCGGCGGCGUCCUCCACGGAGGACUACUGGUUGGACACACCCGAACCCGACUCCCCGACGCCAUCGGAAGCCCGUUCGACUUCCCGGUUGCGGAAACUCAGCACUACCCUCACGAGGAAGCUGUCGACGCGCACGACGAGGAUGAGCAACAGCUACACCUUCCCGACCAACGGGCACGGGCAGGGCGUCAUCAUCAACGGGGAGCCUAUGCCCGAGAGCAGCACUCUGGUGGACUACGAGGAGCUGAUGAAGCUCUUCUCCUGCUCGGGGUGCCAGGCCAUCAUGGCGCCGCCCUUGUACCAGUGCCGGAAGGGCCACCUGGUCUGCAACACCUGUCGGUUCUCCCUGAAGCAGGUGUGCCCCGUCUGCAAGCAGCGGUUCGCGGAGACCACCAAUUUGAUGAUGGAACAGGUUUGUCAUCUCGUGAAGUUCCCCUGCAAAUGGUCCAACAGAGGCUGCCCGGAGUUCCACCUGCCCAAGGCUCGUGUGGACCACGAACAUUUCUGCAUCUAUAGGCCCCUGCACUGCCACCACGCCCCUAGAGGGUGCCCCAAGGUCCUCCUGCUGAGGGAUAUGGAGGCGCACCUGACGGAAUGCGAGUACAGAGACUUCAAGGAGAAGUGAGAUCGAGUCUACGAGACAUACCAAUCUUUUUUUUUUUUCUCCCUCUCUAGGCCUAACUGAUUUCCAUGGACCUAACUUGUGACUUUGCACUCUGCCCUAGGCUGCUCAAACAGUCUUAAAGGCUACUUGAGAAAGCACGUGUGACUUUCAGAGUCCAAAAGGUCUUAAUCAUUGUGGCUUAGACUUAACACAGUCUAGGCCUAAGGAAACGGUGCACGAAUUAGUACUACUACAGCCAGCUGUUAUAUCUGUUUUUUGGUGAAUCUAAUAUGUAUGAAACAUAUUCCCAAUGGCCACAAGUUUCUAAUGUGGCGAGGAUUAUAUGAAUACGUAUAGUUAAAAGUACAACCCACGUGUCGAAUUUGAAUGACAUAUUUUUAUCUGUUCAGUGAUGUGAUGAGAUUUCUGUCCUAGAUUCACGAACUGGCAACUCGAAAGGGGAGCCGUUUCGCGUGACGUCACUACCCAGUCAGCGUUGCCAAUGUGGAUGGCAGUGCUUCAAGCAAUCUUUAUAAAGCUAUAAAAAAUAUUAUUCUGUAAAAAAAAAAAACUUAGUUUUUUAAUAUUCGAAGGAUUUACAAAUGUAGAUUAUGUUACAUUGUUAUGAUUGUGAUAUACAGAUGGUAUAAACUAGUGAUAGAUUUUUUAGAGAAAGACAAUAAGUUUUCAACUUGUAACGCUGUGUUAGGGUGAUGUUAUAGACGCAUAAAGUGCUUGUGCUGGGAUGCUAUAGUCCAAAGAUUUUAAUAGUUUUUUUUGGGGGGGUGGGGUGAUUGUAAGAAAAACUAUUUAUUCCAUUUCAAUAAUUUGCAUAAGUUUAACAUAUCUGAAAAUACCAAUUUAUGAUGUAAAACAAUAAAUUUUGGAUAUAUCGAAGGUAGCAUACUAGCUGGAAUCAUCAUGUACUUUUCAAAAUCCUUAUAUUUUGAAAAGGAUUGAAUUAUUUGGAAGUUUUUGAUGAAAAGAAUACCUCUGGAUUUGAAAACGAAGGUUUAAUUUGUUAAAAUUUGGUAUAAACCUAAAAAAAGGGUCACUUCCAAAAAAAAAUGAAUAACUAAAUGAAAAAUAAAGUUUAUUCUAAUUCAAAUAAAAAAUUAGUCCUGCACAAGAAAUCAGCAUGAAUAAACCCACUUUUUUAUAUAUAAGUAUAACUAAAUAUUAGUUAAAUGUAUAUUUCAUACUUAAGACAAACAAUGACUAUUAUCAAUACACUUGACUUAAAGCUAGAAUGUAAAGUAUGUAUAUAUAUAUAUGUAAGAAUUUUUGUAAAUACUUCUUAAGUUACUUAUAAAUCUGGUCUGGAUGGAAUAUUGGAUGCAAGAGUUUGGAAAAAUUGUAAAUAAUCACAUUAUGAAUGAUUAUGUGCAGUUUGUAUAUAUAUUAUAUUAUCUUUUAUUUUAACUGGUGUUUUAAGGAUAUUGGCUCUUUUGGCUGUAUAUAUAUAUAUAGAGCAUCCCCCCUUGUUAAC